AAAAUUUGUAUGCAAUUCCAAAUAGCGAUGCGACGCGCUAUUGUUUUGAAAAAUCAAAAAACAAAACUGCGCUCUGCUACCAAAUAUUUGCAUAUUAACGUGCCGGGUGGCCGCGAACGCCAAGUGCCGCGUUUGCGCUUUUAACCCAACGCGAAGGCUUUUGCGCCACCAUUUUUGCGUAGCUCUUCUUUAUAUUUACUUUCGCCAACAUUGCUUUGAAUGAUUUGUGUUUCCUUUCUCUGGCUCGCGCCGUACCCGCAAUUCGUCCAUUGCUGAAAAAAUAUUUACCGCAGCAUCGGCAUUGCUGUGCAUUUUGUUUGCGCGCCGUCGACUUGUCUGGCGGUUUGACUAGCAAAUAGACCGCCUCACCUUCUCCUCCCUACCAAUUGAUUUCGGAGGAAUUUGAAACUUGUGUUUGUUGUUGUUGUUACGACUUUUUUGUUAUCAACAAUUGCGGCCACGUAGCGUCAGCAGCAACAAAAACCACAACAACUAUGAUUCUUCCGCUUAACUAUCAGCCGCGUCUAGUCGCUUGUCUUGAUUUGCCACAGCGCAAACCGGCAGACGUGGCUUAUUGAGCGCGCACAAACACGCGCGCGCAAAGUACAUUUGUGCUUUGUACGGUUGUACGUGGCGCAUGUGUGUAGCUCGGCGCCGCCGUCAUCAGCAUUGCAUUGCGGCAUUUUGAGCGCGUACGCGGACGUGAACGCUUUUUUCAGCACGCUUACAUUUCGCAAUCGUGACUACCUUGGGUAAUUUGUUUGGGCAUACAUAUUUAUUGUUUUUGUUGUUGUUCUUUACAUUGUUGUGGUUGUUAUUGCGCUCUUGUAUGCUUUGUCGUUCACCAACUCGAUUCGAUUGUUAUUGUUUGAGCGGAGUUGAAAAAAAGUUGCUGGCGUUGCAGGCGCAUUUCUCGACGACUCUGCUCAAAAGGGAUACGCCACCUCGUGCGCCUGAAACGCUACUUCGUUGCACACAACAUACCUUUAUUGCUGCUGCAACAUUCUUCGUUGCGUGUUUGUGUGUGUGCGUGAGUGUGUUUACAUUGCUUUUAUUCUGCUCGCAACAGCCAGUGUGUUGUUGCUGUGCCCCAAAGCCAACACAACUCUUUUGACCCAACGUCGGGGCGUUGGUGCGCCGAUGGCUGUAUGCUUGUUGGUGCAACGCUGCUGCCUUCUUCGGGCAAAACCGCCAACUCGGCCAUCAGUUGCAGCCGCCACGGCGAAUGCUACAGUUGUUUGUGUUAAAGCGCGGCAUUAAAGAUGUGGCAAAAGUAAAUACGGUUUUAAACGAAACGCAAGCGGAAAGAAAAUUUAAAAACAAAAAUGCAAUAAAAAUACUACGAGCAGCAGCGUGAAUGAAAGAGUGGAAUGAAUGAAACAUGAACAGUGAAGACCAGGAAAUUGAAUAAAAAAUUGAAAAGUGAAAAUAUUUCGUUAAAUACUUUAAAAUCAGUUUUGGAAUAAAGUCGGAACAUUCUGGUUCGAAAGCGUACAAUAUAUAAGCAAAUGUUGCCAUUUAUAUUUAAAUAUAAAACUAUGAAAAUAUUCAAAAAUUAAAAUGUCAAAGCUACGCUUUUGCUUUUGUAAUUACUGCAUGUAGGCAAACUUUUGAAUGACAGUGUUGCCAACAAACCAGAAAAAGGAAUUAAUGUAAUUAACACAAGUGUAUAAACGACAGCGAAGAGCAACUAAAACGAAAGCGAAAGCAAAAAACCGAAACGACUGAAAAACGCAAAUCAAAAAUCAAAAGCAACGAAAUUAAAGACCAACAACGACAACAAAAACAAUAGUGCUACAAAGGGAGAAACGCAAAGGAAAACUUUGUAUGUAUGUAUGUGUGUGUUCGCGUAAUGCGCCAACAGAAAGUGAAAUUUCACAAGUGCAAACUCACCACGGCACACACACUCACACACACACACCGUCACCCACCCACCGAACCACAUGAAAUAAAAUAACAAGCACUUGAGUGCACGUGAAUAUAGAAUUGUGUAUUUGUGGCGCUUGUUGUUGGCGCAUGCAGGCGGAAAACGAGCGUUAAACAACUGCCUACCGCGGCAGCCAAAGCGAGCGGCAAGCGACGAGCGACGAAGAAGCUGCCACAUACGAGCAAGUGCAUACGUAAGCGUGUGAGUGCGGUGAGCGUGCGCCAAACGGUGAAUGAGUCGGCAGACAGUCACACAAACACACACACACAUAUAUAGAUGUGUGACAUACACACAUAUAUAUGAAUAAACAACAACAUAAGUAAGCGUGUUAGUGUGUGCAGCAACGUUGGCAUCUCAAGAAACUCGGUGGUCGUGGUAGCACGUCUAAAAUAUCAACUGCAAGAACAACAAAAAAAAAAUUAACAACAACAAUAACGAAAAAUUAAUAUGAAAAAGCAACAAAAAUAAUAACAAAAACUGCUCACUGUUUUCUCGAAAAGCAAAUAAUAACGAAGUGAAAGCAACAGCAACAACAACACAAAAAAAAUAUAAAACAACAACAAAAACAUCGUCAACAAACAGCACGCUUGCCAUGAAGCCCGGUAGCAGCAUCAAUCCCACACGGCUCGUACAUCAUAGCGACGGUAAUUAAAAACUUCAAGUGUAAAUGAAUGAGUUUAAUGGACCAAUCAACAAAGUGUAAAGAAACAAGGAGUGGAACUCUCAACAUAAAUGAUUAAUACCAAAAUAACUUCUAAGUAAAUCAGCUGAUUUCUACAAUCAUCAAAGCAAGACAUCUUCAGCAUUGCAAGCUGGCGUUGCGGGCUUUCUUUUGGACUUCAAUAAACUACUUGAAUAAUAACGGAAAUGUUGCCGCUGUAAUAAGUUGUGAAAAGUGGCAAACAAAAGGAGCAUAAAUCAAAAAAGUUUGAAGGAAUGCCGAAAGGAAGCGCAUGGAAGAAAGAGUAGAAGAAGCAGCACUACAAAUACAAAAGGCCCAUAAUAAAUAGUUAUACAACACAAAUACGAACGCUUAAUUAAAAAGCAUAAGAGAGCCCAAAGGAAGCUUUUCUAAAGCUCAUAGAAAAAUAUUGUAAACAAAAGUCGUUUAUAAAAGCGAUAAAGCGGCACAAACCAGCAGCAAAUUUGCACAAAUUUCUAUAAAAUAUUUUCUUUUAAUUUUGAAGAAAAAAAGUUUGCUCAAAAACUUAAUUAAAAGUUAAUAACUACCAACAAAAGUAAAAAUUAAAAGCAAAUCAUCCAAAACUGUGAUCGAAAGUUUACGUUUCAAAGCGAAAAAAACCGCAAAAGCACUGUAUUCGACCCACGCAAAUUAAGCCAAAAAUAAUUACAAACUCUUCACCAGUAAAAAGCUCAAAAAGCUCACUUCACUUUAAGCGCAUUAGGCGUAAGAGACAGCACUUCAAAAGAAAGAAAAAACGGACAAAAAAUGCCACAAAUCAAGCCACUGCUCAUCAUAUUCCUUUUCGUGGCGACCCAAUGUCCCAACUCAAGCUCACAGAAUCUGCAUGUUUACACUUAUAUUACAGAGCCGAAUUCGCAGCUCGAUCCGGAUCCGGAAUUCUUGGGCACCAUUAGUAAUGUCACAUAUCCGGCGGGACGUGAGGCGAUAUUGGCGUGUUCGGUGCGGAAUUUGGGUAAAAAUAAGGUUGGGUGGUUACGCGCCUCCGAUCAAACUGUGCUCGCACUGCAAGGUCGCGUUGUCACACACAAUGCUCGGAUAAGCGUCAUACAUGAAGAUGCUCACACUUGGAAAUUGAAGAUAAGCAAAUUGCGCGAAAGUGAUCGCGGUUGCUACAUGUGCCAAAUUAAUACGAGUCCAAUGAAAAAGCAAAUCGGUUGCAUCGAUGUACAAGUUCCACCCGACAUCAUCAACGAGGAAUCGUCGGCCGAUUUGGCGGUGCAAGAGGGCGAGGAUGCCACAUUGACCUGCAAGGCGACCGGUAAUCCAAUGCCGCGCGUCAUCUGGCGUCGUGAAGAUGGUGAUAUGAUUUUAAUACGCAAGCCGGGGAGUCGUGAACUCAUGAAAGUGGACCACUAUAGUGGCUCGUCGUUGCGGCUGGUGCGCUUGGAGCGGCGCCAGAUGGGCGCUUACUUGUGCAUUGCAUCGAAUGAUGUCCCACCGGCAGUUAGUAAACGCGUUUCGCUCAGUGUACAAUUUGCCCCCAUGGUACGCGCUCCAAGUCAAUUGUUAGGCACACCGCUCGGCUCCGACGUACAACUGGAAUGUCAUGUCGAGGCCUCACCAUCGCCCGUCUCCUAUUGGCUAAAGGGUGCCCGCACUCCCAGCGGCUAUGCGAGCAUCUCGAAUUCGAAUUUGGAAUCGGGACAGCCGGGGCCGGAGAUGCUGUUGGACGGUCCCAAAUAUGGCAUAACGGAAAAACGUGAUGGCUACCGUGGCGUGAUGCUGCUGGUCGUGCGCUCGUUCUCACCCUCCGAUGUUGGCACAUACCACUGUGUGAGCACGAACUCCCUCGGCCGUGCAGAGGGCACUCUGAGGCUCUAUGAAAUCAAAUUGCAUCCCGGCAUCGCGUCCAUAAAUGACGAUCAUCUCAAUUUUAUCAGUGGCAUCGAGGAGGCGGCGCGCGGUGGUGUUCCAGCGACUUCAUUAGCCACAAUUCUGAAGCUUCAUUUGACAUUUUACAUCGCACAAUUGCUGUUUUCGACGUCGGUCACAGCACCGGCGGUUAGCCGGCGAGCGUAGUUUAUGUUCAAGUUGCGAAACUAAUGCAUUUAUUUAAUACAUAUGUAUUUAGGUAUAUAGAUAUAUAAGUAUACAUAUUUACUUAGCAUGUUUGCUUGUUUGUUCGUUAGUUGGCUAACUAUGUUAAUACGAUUAAGGAGUAAUGAAUGCAUGGCGUUCAAAUCAAAAAGUGAUCUUUGAUCUUCGAAGUUCUCAAAUCACUUAAGUACUUUUGUUAAACUAAAUUUGCGAAUGAAAAUUUUAUAGUAUAUUUCCCAUCAGUAUAUCAAUAGUUUCUCAAUAGUUCAGUGAUAGCAAUUUUAAAAAACUAUUUAAAUUUAUAACGAAAAGUUUACUAUAAAUACAAAUAUUAAAUCUCAAUAGUUUCUCAAAAGUUUCUCAACAGUUCGGUAAAUUUAGAAAUAUAAACAAAAAUUUAUUUUUGGUAAUUAACAUAUGCGCUUAAAUCAAAAAGUUUACCCAAUACACAAAUAUUGAUUCUCAACAGUUUCUCAACAGUUUCUCAACAGGUGGUUAAAUUUAAUAAUUUGAACAAAAAUGUGCUUUUGACUAAUCCUAUUUCUAUUUUUAUCAAAAAGUUUACCCAAUACACAAAUAUUGAUUCUCAACAGUUUCUCAAUAGUUUCUCAACAGUUCAGUAAAUUCAGUAAUAUGAACAAAAAUGUGCUUUCGACAAAUCUUAUUUCUAUUUUUGUCAAAAAGUUUACCAAAUCCAAAAAUAUUAAAUCUCAACAGUUUCUCAACAGUUAGUUAAAUUUAGUAAUUUGAACAAAAAUGUGCUUUUGACUAAUCCUAUUUCUAUUUUUAUCAAAAAGUUUACCAAAUACACAAAUAUUGAUUCUCAACAGUUUCUCAAUAGUUUCUCAACAGUUAGUUAAAUUUAGAAAUAUAAAGAAUAAUUUAUUUUUUGGCAAUUAAUAUAUGCAUUUAUAUCAAAAAGUUUACCAAAUUCACAAAUAUUAAAUCUUAGCAGUUUCUCAACAGUUUCUCAAUAGUUUAUCAACACCUAAGUCAUACUAUUAUUCAUUAAAACUUUUUUUCAGCAAAACUACUUCAGUUGAACUUAAUUUUUUUACAUAUCCUUUAUUGUAGCUGCUUUAUGAUUUGAUUUUGAAAUUCCGUUAUUAUUUUGAAAACACUAAUUCUUUAAGGCUUAAACGUCAACACAGCAAAAGCUUCGAAAACUUGUAAAAUGUAUCUAAAACCAGUAAUUAAGGCAAAACCAUAUUAUUUAUGAUUUACCGUAAGUUAGCUAAACAAUAAAAACAACUUCAAAGAGUGGCAGAAAAUGCAUUUCUAGAAAUAUAAAGACAGCAGCCAAGAAAAAAAGCCGAAGAAUGUAAAGCAAAAAAAAACUAAUAAUAAAUAAGUACUGCGUGUAUAAGAUGACCAAACGAAGAGCAAAGAGAAAAAAGGACAAAUAAAAUUAAAACCAAAACGUAUCAAAAAUACUUAUCGAACUCUUAAUGUAAGCAAAAACAACAAAAAAAAAAAACAAAAACAUAU